AUGAAAGGGCAGACCAAAGAAGAGGCUUCCGUUGUUAUCGAUCUCGAAAACGCAGGCGACAGAGAAUUUUUCACCGAGGGCAAUACAGACAAAUCGGCUAGUCAAAGCAGUUAUGAUGACAAAGGUACCGACAUUGCAGGCCAAGUUGGCAAAUACGCUGCAACUCAGGUUUUACAGCAAGGUCAACAACAAGUACGCAAUGCUCUCAAUUUCUAUGCUAACAUUGAUAUUUUAAGGCCAUAUUUCGAUGUAGAACCAAUUCAAGUUCGUGAUAGAUUACUUCGAUCUCUGGUCCCUGUCAAACCAUCUUCAAUGCAGCAGGCAAGUUUCGAAUAUGGCGAUAAAUUAUAA